AAAUAACUGGAUUCGAUACAUCUUUUUUCAAAAUUUUGUUGACCGAUCGUGUUCAACUAAUGAAAGUGCCGGGAAUCGUCGAAACUCUUAUCCGCGUUGUUCAGUUGAAAACAAGGCAGCAAAUGAGUUUUUUGGUCUAUUUAUUUACUCGUUUUUCAGCAUAUUCUGCCGUGGCAGGACUGCAUAAAUGGAUUAAGGAGAUGGGCUUUAUGAGCAGUCUGUAGCAGAGCAGCAUUUUCUUGUGAGGAGCCAGCCGCAUUUGUUGAGCAGGGUUUGUCUGGUAUAUGUUCUGUCGUUGGAUGUGGACCUAAGUGAUCAGUACCAGAGCUGCAAACCCGAAUAAUUUGUUGGGAUUCUGCAAAUGGAUGUGAUUUCAAGUCACCAAAACUAGUUGGAAUUGAGUUUAAAUGACCAGCUUGACUUGAUGUGGGUUUAAAUGACCAAUGUUAUACUCACAUUAUUUUGCUUAGCAUUUUCUGUAAUUGGUUGUGGAAUUAACUGAUUAGAGUCGGUAUUGUUAAUCAAAUAAAAUGCGGGGAAAUUUUUCUGGAAUUGAGUGUUAGCCAUUGUGAUCCAUGCUUUAAACCCAAGUAAUUUGCUAGACAUUUUUCUGCAACUUGGAUUUGGGUUUAAAUGAUUCAGAUGUAUUGGGUAUGAGCUGAGGAGAUUAGGAUCAUUUAUUUGUGGACAUUUUUUUUGCUUUUGGUUGUUGGAACUUGGCAUAGUGGUUUAAACAAAAGAUAACAGUUUAUUCCAUGGCUCCCAAUUUUGCUUUUGUGCACUGGUGGGGCAAAGAGAACCGCAGGGGCAACUCUGUCGUUUUGAAAAUGGAGAAUCCCAAUUUUUCAAUGGUUGAAUUGCAGAUCCCCGAAGAUGACAAUUUUCAGGUUGGUAAGGGUAAGGGUAAAAAUGUCAAACAGUUCUCAUGGGCCCUUUUUCUCAAAGCUCACAAGGCUGCAGGAUUUGUUGCUUGGCUUGCUAUUGGCAUUUGGACAGUUUUAGCUGCAAUCAGAAAACGGCUCAUUCAGGAUACUGAUGACAGAGACAAAUUUUCUCACAGGAGCAAGCUAUACAGAAUUAUCAAGGGUUUCCUUGUCUUUUCAGUUUUGAUGUUAGGUUUGGAAAUGGUGGCUUAUUCACAAGGCUGGCAUUUCACUCGGCCAAGUCUACACUUUCCAUCAUCUAUGGGUAUAGAAAAUUUGCACCUUCCAUCAUCUGAAGGCAUAGAGGGUCUUGUCCAUUCAAUAUACAUGGCAUGGGUUUACACCAGGGCAAACUAUCUAGCCCGCCCACUUCAGUACAUGACCAAUAUAUGCAUCAUCUUGUUUCUUAUCCAGUCAAUCGAUCGACUGUUACUAUGCCUGGGUUAUUUGUGGAUCAAGCUGAAGAAGAUCAAACCGGUACCCAAAUAUGAGUUGGAAGCUGGAACUGAUUUGGAGCAGGGCAACAAUGGGGCUUAUCCAAUGGUCCUCAUCCAGAUCCCAAUGUGCAACGAGAAAGAGGUUUAUCAACAAUCUAUUGCAGCAGUCUGUAAUCUAGACUGGCCAAAAGAGAGAAUGCUUGUGCAAGUUCUUGAUGAUUCAGAUGAUAUGGAGGUGCAGAAAUUGAUCGCUGCACAGGUUCAAAAAUGGAAGCGCAUGGGUGUUCCUAUAGUGUAUCGACAUAGAAUAGUACGCACUGGCUAUAAGGCUGGGAAUCUUAAGUCAGCAAUGGAAUGUGACUAUGUGAAGGACUAUGAAUUUGUUGCCAUUUUUGACGCAGAUUUCCAACCUAAUCCAGACUUCUUGAAGAAAACCAUUCCACAUUUUAAGGGCAAUGAUGAGCUAGCAUUGGUGCAGGCAAGAUGGGCCUUUGUUAACAAGGAUGAAAAUUUACUAACAAGAUUCCAGAAUAUUAACCUAGCAUUCCAUUUUGAAGUGGAGCAGCAAGUCAAUGGGAUGUUCAUUAACUUUUUUGGCUUUAAUGGGACUGCUGGUGUCUGGAGAAUCAAAGCUCUUGAGGAAUCAGGAGGUUGGCUAGAGAGAACUACUGUGGAGGAUAUGGAUAUUGCAGUGCGUGCUCACCUUAAUGGAUGGAAAUUCAUAUUCCUUAAUGAUGUUCAGUGUCUCUGUGAGCUUCCAGAGUCAUACGAAGCAUAUAAGAAGCAGCAGCACCGAUGGCAUUCUGGUCCAAUGCAAUUGUUUCGCUUAUGUCUUCCAGAUAUUGUCCGUUCAAAGAUUGGCUUUUGGAAGAAGACAAACUUAAUAGUCCUGUUCUUUCUGCUUAGGAAGCUUAUCCUACCUUUCUAUUCGUUCAGUCUCUUCUGCAUUAUCCUUCCAAUAACAAUGUUCCUACCAGAAACUCAAAUGCCUAAUUGGGUUGUUUGCUAUCUGCCUAGCUUCAUGUCAUUCUUGACCAUUCUUCCUUCACUAGGGUCUGCAGCUUUUGCUGUCCCUUUUCUGAUGUUCGAAAACACAAUGUCUGUUACCAAAUUUAAUGCUAUGGUCUCUGGUCUGUUUCAACUUGGUAGUGCGUAUGAAUGGGUUGUAACAAAAAAGUUAGGCCGUUCAUCAGAAUCUGAUUUACUUGCAUUGGUAGAAGAGACAGAUCCUCAUUUAGAACAGGGAAAGCAUCAUCGUGGUGUUUCAGACUCAGACCUGCAAUUGCUCAACAACUUGAAUGUACAUCAGCUUCAACAACUACCAAAGAAGAAACGUAAUCGGAAAUACAAAAAAGAGUUGGCUCUUGCUUUUCUCCUCCUAACUGCCUCUGCUAGGAGCUUUAUGACUUCUCAAGGGAUUCACUUCUAUUUUUUGCUCUUUCAAGGGUUUUCUUUUCUUGCAGUUGGCCUAGAUCUGAUUGGGGAACAAUUGUAGUUUGUCUAGACUUCAUUGAGCAACAAGCUAGGUGAAUCUUUACUCGGGAACUCGGACAAUUGUAUAAAUGGAAUUUUGCCUUUCUAUGCCAGCUUUUGUAAGCUGCUCUACUUAAAGACAUACUUUUUGCUUGAUUCUACCUGAGUCCCUGUCAGAAAAGACAACGAACAAGAUCAGCUGCAAACCUAGACAUGCCAGAGCAUCAUUCAAUAGGGUGGAAGAUAAAAAUAUAACUUCUGCUUGAUUCUUUUUCUAGUGUAAGAACAAUCAAUGUAGGGCCACUUGGAUUCAGGCUCUUGCACCAUGCAAAGGAGUUUUCUUUUCUCAGUAUGAUAGUCUAGCAACAUUGUCACUGCUGCUCAGAAUAUCUUUAUUUGAUGGAGGUUGCAGUGGAAAUCUCUUCCACAACUUUGAAGAUUGACUAAUUUGUAGCUUUCCUCCUAUAUAAUUCUUUAUUUUUUAAUUGAAGUACAUUCUUGUAAGAACCAUUUUCAUAGGUGCAAUUCACCUUGAAAUGCAUCAGAGAUCGAAGUCAUAGUUACUAAUGAUAAAAACUAUUUCUUCCCUCUCGCAUAUGGGUGUGGGUGUUGCCAUGCUAUAUGAUUUAUCAUCAGAAGAUGUAAAUCAUUCUUUUCCAUUGAACUAAAUCCAUUUUUAAUAUCUAUUUGAAUCAA